AUGGAAAAAAGGUAUCAACAAUUAUUUAAAGGGAAAAGAAUAGAAUUUCCCUUAGCAACAGGCGCUGCAUCUCAUGUGUCCUUAAUAUAUGAUGAGAAGAAGAAUCCUUAUUUAUUAUGUUGGACAUAUAUAUAUCAGGAGAAUCCAGAAUUUACAGUACCUUUGAAAGGGUGUCGAAUAAUUAAUAACAUAACAGAGAUAGGACCAUGUAUUCAUAUAAUAACAGCAAAUGAGGAAUAUCAAUUUCAGUGUAGAAGUAAAGAUGAAUUUAGUGAAAUGAGUCAAUUUUUCAAUAUGCUGGGUUUCCCUAUAUUAGGUUUUAAAAAUGUAUACGUUUUAAACAAAAAGAUAGGGAAGGGAAGUUUUUCCACAGCGUACAUUGGUACAAAUAUAUUAUAUGGUAACAGAGUAGUUGUUAAGGAAGUAGACAAAUCAAAGGUAAAGGAAUCUAAUGUAUAUACAGAAAUAGAAGUAUUAAGAAAAGUUAUGCAUAAAUAUAUAAUAAAAUUAAUAUCAGCAUAUGAGCAAGAAGGAUUUGUAUAUCUUGUAUUAGAAUAUUUAAAAGGUGGUGAGUUAUUUGAAUAUCUAAAUAACAACGGUCCUUAUACAGAACAAGUAGCUAAAAAAGCAAUUAAAAGAAUUUUAAUAGCUUUAGAAGCAUUACAUUCUAAUGGUGUCGUACAUCGAGAUUUAAAGAUGGAAAAUUUAAUGCUUGAAAAUGUGAAUGAUCCUAGCUCAUUAAAGAUUAUAGAUUUUGGGUUAGCCUCUUUUUUGAAUAGUCCAUCGAUGAAUAUGAGAUGUGGUUCUCCAGGUUAUGUUGCCCCAGAAAUAUUAAAAUAUGCAUCGUAUGGUACUAAAGUUGACAUAUUCAGUUUAGGUGUUAUAUUGUUUAAUAUACUCUGUGGUUACCCGCCAUUUAGAGGUAAUAAUGUGAAAGAAAUUUUUAAAAAAAAUAUGAGAUGUCAUAUUAGUUUUAAUACGAAACAUUGGCUAACUAAGUCAGAAAAUGUAAAAGAAAUUAUAUUGUGGAUGUGUAGUAAAAAUCCAGAUGAUAGAUGUACAGCUAUGCAAGCUUUAGGACACCCUUGGUUUUUGCCGAAAAUAUCAGAUAUGCAUAUGACUACAAAUGUAAAUGAAUACAAAAAUAAAGAAAGUAUUAUUCAGAAAUUAACGGAGCAAGAAAUGUGUAAAAAAUGUAAAAAUUGUAAUCUUGAAAAUAAUUUGGACGUGACUAAUCCAGAUGGACGUAAAAACAGCAGUAAAAAUAAUUUUGAUGAUUAUAAAAAGUAUUUUGAUACUAUGCUUAAAAUUGAUGACAAAUAUUCAGAAAAUUUAAUUAAAGAUAAAAGUAGUAGUAUUGACUCCAUCUCUUUAAAUAGAAAAGACUAUGAUUCCUAUCUUGCAAAUUCGAACGAGUACAAGACGGUAGUUUUGCAUGGGGGAUGCCCUUCCCCCAACCGCUCGUCAUCGCUAAUAUCGUACAAGAAAUAUAAAAAAAAGAGCAACGAAUUAAUUUAG